UCACGAAACCCUAACUUUGCUGGGUAAGAAAAUGAAUCUCAAAUUUGAUCCAUAGGGUUUAAAAAUCUAUAAAAAAAUAUAUGUACAACCAAAACUACAAAAUGGUACUGCAUCUUCCUUUUCAAGUUUGACAGCUUAGCCUAAAUAUAUCCGAACCUGUUAGCAGGCUGAUUCAAAUACAGUUCAGAUUUGAUCUGUUAGCAACAACUCAUGAGAUCAUAUUAUUUCCCCUUUUUUACUAUAAUCUACAGAGGACCAUAAAUGUAAUUCAAAGAAACUUUAAAGGUAUCACAUUCCAUGUGCACUUGAUCGAGGCUAAUUGAGAUGAAGACGAGCAAUUUUAUAUUGGGUAGCCACAUUUUUCCUUGACUGGCUGAGCUUGCUUGUUUUGGCUCCAACAGACUACAGCCAUUGAAGAUUCUCUCACCGACCAUCAUUGCCCAGCUCCACACACUCCUUGUGUUGCCUCACCACAGACCAUGGACUCCAACACCCACACAUACUCAUUUAUUCCUCUUCAAACUUCUAUAUAACCAGCCUAGCUCCAAUUUGCUCUCUUUAGGUGAGUGACCAUAGAGGGAGAGAAAAGCUACAGCAGAGAAAAAACAAGGAAAAAUGGCCUGCACCCAAGCUCCAUUCUCCCCACUGAGUCCUAGAAUUUCUUUUUCACAAGAUCUUGUUGAUGGCGCCGAACUCCCAUCGAUCAACGUCUCCAGAGACCGCAACGCAGACUUGAACGUGGACGAUGAUGAUGGCGGCGACUUCGAGUUCAUUGUGCUAGACACUGGUGGUACAGCAAACAAACACAAGAUGUUGUCUGCAGACGAGCUCUUCUUUCAGGGCAGGAUGCUCUGCCUAGAUCAGAUCCACAAGAUGUCUUUGGAUGAAGAAAGACAAAAAGCGAGUCAAGAGAUCAAGCAGUUGGGCAGGAUUGAUCCAAGGUAUGUUGAUGAUGACCCUUCACCUAGGCCACCUAAGUGCAUUGGUGGCCGGUGGAGGGAGCUCCUAAGACUAAAGAGGCAGCAGCCACCCUCUGCUUUCAAGUCUACUUGUAGGCCAGAUCAAUGGCCGAACGGCGAAAAGAUGUCUAAUUCCUUAAGCAAAAAAGAAGCCGCAGAUCGAGUACAGAUAUCUAGCAAGAAACUGCAAGUGAAAGUGAAGAAAGAGAGUUUGAGCAGCAGCAGCAACACCAGCACCAGCACCAGUACCAGCAGCGGAUGCACCGGCAUCGGCUUGGAGAGAAGCACCAGCAAUCCUGAGAUGCUGAGCUCUCUGUUGCUGAGGAAGAGAGAGAAACAAAUGGAGCCGUGCACAAAGAGCUGCUGUAGAGGAAGUAAUGGUGUUGACAGAUCAAGGUCUGUUAAUGUGAGAGUCAGCCCUGUUCUCAAUGUCAUGCCAAUGUACCCUUCCAAUGCUUCUCACCUUUUCCCCUUAAGGAAGCAGAUUCCAAAGCCUGCUAGAUUCACCUCAUCAGUAAUGGUAGGAGGAAGUGUUGGAUUGGCAGACGAUGAUCAGAAGAGAUAGGGAGCUUUUAGUGUUCAAAGUAUCACGUUUUCUCAAUAAUCAUCGCUGUCUUAUUCUUGUUUGCAUCUGUAGCAUCCUUUUUCCUUUUGAUUUUUUACAUAUGCCAGAUGAAAUAUUGUGGUGCGCCAUAAAAAAAUAAAUCACCAACUUUUCUUCACAACA